ACUAAAACAAAGCUACUAGCAAAGAUCAGCUAGCUACAGCUACUUCCAAGAUGAGCGUGGAGAUCCUGGACGGGAGGACGGUGCAGAGCUUCGUGGAGGACGAGGGCGCCUUCAACGCCUCCGUGGACGGCCGGUUCGCCGCCCUCGACGCCAACCACGACGGCCUGCUCUCCUACGCCGAGAUGGCCGUGGAGCUCAUGAGCCUCCGCGUCCUCGAGAAGCACUUCGGCGUCGACGAGGCCGGCGUCCUAGGGCCCGACGAGCUCGCGGGGCUCUACCACGGCCUGUUCGUGCGCUUCGACCGCGACGGCGACGGCGCGGUGGACAAAGAGGAGUUCCGGGCGGAGAUGAAGGAGGUCAUGCUCGCCGUCGCCAGCGGGCUCGGGUUCCUGCCCGUGCAGAUGGUCGUCGAGGAAGGGAGCUUCCUCAAGGUGGCCGUCGACAGGGAGCUGGCCAGAGCGACUUGACGGAAUUUUGUUUGUGCUUACGAGUAUACUUUGCAGAGUCUGCACUAGGCGCAAUGCUUUCUUUUCUUUAAUUCUUCCUGACAAGACAUAAGAGAUGAGUAAUGCUGAAUGACAUAUCAGCUAUGUAAGCGUGAUUCUGUAUUCGCAGAGGCCGUUAUCAUUUUCAUUGUAUGAAAUAGUUGUUACCCUACCAGCUUGACAUUCAGAAUUGAAAGUUGUACGAAAGCC